AUGACAAACAGUGGCAGUAGUGACAAGUACGGAGUCAUCACAAUUGGUGAUGAAAAAAGGUUCCAAGCCACCAUCGCACCACUUGGUGCUACGCUAGUGGACCUGAGGGUAAACAAUCAAUCGGUAGUUCAAGGAUAUUCAAACGUAGAAGACUAUUUAACAGACGGUAAUAUGAUGGGUGCUACCGUCGGUCGUUAUGCCAACCGUAUUGCCAAGGGUGUUUUCAGUUUGGAAGAUGGUCCUCACAAGUUGACUGUUAACAAUUGCGGUAACACAAACCACAGCAGUGUCAGUUCUUUGAACCUCAAGCAGUAUACAGCAGGUCCUGUUGAGAAUCCUUCCCAAGGAGUUUACGUUGUUAAAUUCAAGUUGUUGGAUGAUCACACCCAACCCAACCCAAAUGAAUUCCCCGGUGAUUUAGAAGUUUCAGUAAAAUACACCUUGAAUGUCGCUGAGAUGACUUUAGACAUGGAAUAUCAAGCGCAUCUGGUUCGCGGAGAUGCUACACCAAUCAAUAUGACCAACCACUCUUAUUUCAACCUGAACAAGGUCAAGAAUGAAAAGUCCAUAUGUGGUACCGAAGUUAGUGUCUGCUCGAACAAAUCGCUAGAUGUUACAGAGGGAGCAUUACUUCCAACCGGAAAGUUCGUUGAAAGGAAUAUCGCUACUUUUGAUUCUGCUGAACCUACUGUUUUGAAGGAUAAUGAACCUGUGUUUGAUUGCACUUUCAUUAUCGAUGCCAACAAAAAUUUGAAGUCUACCGACUCUGUGGGUGUAAACAAGUUGGUUCCCGUUUUCAAGGCCUAUCAUCCAGAGUCGCAUCUCCACUUUGAGGUUUCCACGACAGAACCAACAGUCCAUCUGUAUACUGGUGACAAUCUAUGUGGCAAAUUUGUACCAAGAUCGGGAUUUGCCGUUCAACAAGGCAGAUAUGUUGAUGCCAUUAACCGUGAUGAAUGGAGAGAUUGUGUUCUUUUGAAGCGCGGCAAAUUAUACACUUCGAAGACUCAGUACCGUUUCGGUAUUUAG